GGGCUGCACUGAGUCAUUCGCCUUUGCGGAGCAGGAACACAAACAGGCGGCAGAACUUGCUGAGCUUGAGCGGAGCAGGACGAGACGGGACGGGAGGCGCGCUCAGUCCAGCCCAGCCCUGCAGGGGAACGACGCACCAUGAAGGGACCCAGCUCCUCGCAGCUCCUGCUGGGGCCUCUCCUCGCCUUCUGCCUGCUGGUUGCUGUCAGCGGUGACUUCUGUGAAGAGAACAAGUGUCAGAAUGGAGGAACUUGCCUGACCGGCAUCACCGAAUCUCCUUUCUUCUGUAUCUGUGCAGAAGGCUUUACUGGGAUUGAUUGCAACGAAACCGAGAAAGGUGCCUGCCACCCAAACCCCUGCCAGAAUGGGGGCGAGUGCCAGGUGGUUCCCAACAGGGGUGACGCCUUCACUGAAUACCUUUGCAAGUGCCCUUUGGGCUAUGAAGGCAAACACUGCCAAAACAACAUGAACGAAUGCUCUUCGCAGCCCUGUAAGAAUGGAGGGACCUGCUUGGAUCUCAGUGGGGACUAUGCCUGCAAGUGCAUCUCUCCCUACCUGGGGAAAUCUUGCCAACUCCGAUGUUCAAAUUUGCUCGGCAUGGAGACAGGAGCAAUUGCGAACACACAGCUUUCCGCCUCUUCUGUGUACUACGGGUUCCUUGGCCUGCAGCGCUGGGGUCCAGAGCUCGCCCGCCUCAACAACAAGGGGAUUGUGAAUGCCUGGACCUCCAGCAACUAUGACAGGAGCCCUUGGAUUCAGGUCAACCUGAUGAGGAAGAUGAGGAUCUCCGGCCUUGCCACACAAGGGGCACGCCGUGCAGGCCGGGUGGAAUAUGUCCGGGCCUACAAAGUAUCCUACAGCCUCGACGGGCGCGAGUUUGUGUACAUUAAGGAUGAGGAGCAAGAUCAUGACAAGGUUUUCACUGGCAACUCUGACAAUGAAGACACGAAAACCAACCUCUUCAAUUUUCCGGUUACGGCCCAGUACCUCCGCAUCUACCCUGUGAUCUGCCGUAGAGCCUGCACUCUGCGCUUCGAGUUGGUUGGCUGCGAAAUGAAUGUGUAUUUCAACAUGGCAGGUUGCUCGGAGCCGCUGGGCAUGAAAUCCCACUUCAUCACCGACCAGCAGAUCACAGCCUCCAGCGUUUACAAGACAUGGGGCAUCGACGCAUUCACUUGGCACCCGCACUAUGCCCGCCUUGACAGGAUGGGCAAGAGCAACGCUUGGGCUGCCCUCAGCAACAAACAGGGCGAGUGGCUUCAGAUCGAUCUUGGGUCCGAGAAAAAGGUGGCAGGGAUCAUUACGCAAGGAGCUCGUGACUUUGGGCACAUUCAGUAUGUAGCAGCCUACAAAGUGGCCUAUAGCGAUGAUGGGAAGUCCUGGACUCUUUACAAGGAUAGCAGGACAAACGGCACCAAGAUAUUCCAAGGCAACUACGACAACAACUCGCACAAGAAGAAUGUGUUUGACGUUCCCUUCUACACCCGCUUUGUGCGCAUCUUCCCCGAAUCCUGGCACAACCGCAUCACCUUGCGAGUGGAGCUUCUGGGCUGUGAUGAGUAGCCCCAACCCCAACCCACUGGCCACAGAGGCCGUGAAGCAGAGAGCCAGACUGACUUCCCCACCCACUUUGUCUCCUUCCCCCUGCAUCUCUGGACCUAUGGCGCUUUCUGUUCCCAAAUCCACUACUCCUAGUUCCGAUUUAUAAAAAAAUCCUAUGCCCUGUGUUAGGCACUGGGAAUACCAUUUUUUGUAGUUGGGAGCCAGCAGCUUUUCAGGGACGGGGGCCUUGCGGACUCUUCAACCCUCUGCUUGUCUUCUAUCUCCCCCUCACCUUUUGCUUUCAAAGAACAAUUGACAAGCUGGCUCCUUCAGGGAUUGGCUGACUUUGUUUGCAUCACCACGGCCCUCUCUUGUGGGUCCCUUGCACUGCACUUUUAAGAGCCACCAUUGAGUGUCCAGGCUCUUGCUUUUGUAGGGUUGCUUCCCUCCUGGCGACAUCGUCGCGCACACAAACCGAUUCAAACAGUCCUUGGGAAUCUCCAGUCCCAGGGAGCCCUGGGAACUGUGGUUCAAAGAGUGGAGCGACUGCUGCUCUGUAAUGUAAAAUGCUUAGCAGCUUCCCGGAGCCACAUUUCCCAGGAUUCUUUGGAGGAAACCAUGGCUGGUCUAAGAUGCAAGUUUAAUAGCCUAGGUACGAUGUAGGUCACAGGCAGUGCUGUAUAUAUAUAUACUCCCUUGCAUUAUCAUUAUUUUUCAAAACAUGAUCAGAACUUUGGACCAAAAUAAACCCCCAGGGUUUCAAAGUUCUAAGUUUUUGCAAGAUAAGUUGAAGUUGGGCGUAAUUUAUUCUGCUUUCACAAGUCACAGAGAAGGCCACAAUGUCCCUGCUUCCUGGAAACAGAUGCCUCCGCCCCUUUCGGCUCCUCCCAUGGAACCACGUGGUUGCCCACACUUUUCUAAGUUCAUUUUCAAAGGCAUGAGGACUAGCAGCUUGCUUUCCUCCUCCAGCAAUAGAAGUCACUGCAUGAAAUCCACAUAGCCCUGCUCCCAACUUACCUGUUCCCUCGGUAAAUUUUUCUCAGGAUGCUAAAAGAUCGGAGACUGGGUAAACUCACAGAUUUGUAAAGUAUUACUUAAACUUUGCUGGGGCUGUUUUGGCAGUAGUCUAACCUUCCCCCAACCCUCCACUUUUUGGAUACUGAAAAACAUGGCACUGUUGCUGCUGUUCUUGUUUGUUAAACCCAUUAGGCCCCUCUCCUUGCUACUAAUGCAACAGCUUCCCCUAAUUGCUUCUCUCUUUUGGAGACCAUGCUUGGCAGAGGCCCUAUGAAGAAGCGGGGCUCUGAGAAGCUGUGUCAAGGAAGGAAGGACAGCGUUUUAAAACGAAAACAAAUGUGGAAUGUCCCCUUUUGGAAGGGGUCUGUGUGGUGGCGGUUGGGGGAACACAUGGCUUUCAGUAAGACAAACCUAAUAAGAGGGGCUUCAAGUAGGGCCACCGUCUGGGAUCUGGAAGCAAUUAACCCAGAGCACAGAUUUUUUGUUUUUGUUUUUUUUAAGCCAUAGGAAAUUCUGAGGGUAGCCGCUAUGGCUUCUCAGCAAGACACAGUCCCUAAGUAAAGACUCUCAGUAUUAAAACAAACUUUAAGAA